AUGAUAAACGAUAUAAAAAUACGACGAGACGUAUUGUUGCAGAUAGGACGCUUUAGUUGUAUUAAAUUCUCAGAUUCUGUUACUUCGAUGCAACGAAAUCAGGUUCGUAAACGAAGUUCUUAGACCAGAUGAUCCUAGAGUUCAACGUAUUAGAAAAGACGAUGGUUUACGUUUUAGCAACACUUUCAUGCUAGAUAGUAUACACAUGCCUGGUACGAUAUAAUUUUGCAAAAGAAAUUAGUAGUAAAUAAAUAUUUGUCAAAUAUUUAUCAAACAAAAACUCAACAUACGAUUGUAUGUUACUUUACAAUCUUAAAUCGUUUUAAGGAAACAUAAAUAAGUUUAAUCAUACAUGUUAUGUGUUCAUAAAUAAUAGUGGUAUAAAUAAACGUACAUUGAUAUUAUUAUAUGAA